AUGCACUCACUUCUGUUGGCUCUCCCGACCGAGCUUCUCGUGGCAAUCUUUAGUCACUCCUCUUCGCUCAGUCAUGUUGCGAACCUGGCUGGAACCUGCAAACUUUUGAACAAGAUCUGGAAGGAGCACAUUUCAUAUAUCUUCAAUCAAGUUGCACCUACUACUAUUCCGUGUUAUGAAGAUUUACGAGUUCUUCUAGACAACCAGGGACAUUUGGCGAUGGGUGCGCAGGUUCUCAAUGUCUCUGACGUUGGUCGGCUUGUAACAACAUCCAACAAUGCCGACGAGCUAGUCACUUCGUUCCAUGACCGCGUAAGAGUAAACGCUCACUGGGACCCGCAGGUCUCUAGAGCUCUAUCAGUUUCGGAAGAAACCCGUUUCAUCAUGGCCCAUUAUAAGCUCUGGGGCUUGAUGCUGCUUGAUGACGCUCAGCAGCAGAAGAUUAUCGGAAGCAUGAAUCUCGAGCAAAGUUGUUUACUGGCAGACUUCCUGUGUGUCUUUGAUCCUUGGAAGAUUCAAGAUCCUAAAGUCCAGCGAGUUUUGCAGCACAACCCCGCAGCUCAUCGCUUAUUGCAGCAAAAGAUUCGGCGGCAGCGAAAUAAGGACUUUCUUGAUCAGCACGGCCGUGCCUACCGGCCGAUGGAUUUUACGCCUUACGAGCGGAAUGGGCGGUACGCAUGGUGGUGUGACAUACAGCAGGAUAUAUUCAGAAAGAUGUUGACGGGAACCUUGUUUCGAACACAUCAUGAUAAUGCGGAAGAAUACGAAGAGGAGGACGGGUCAUGGCGAUGA